UAGGAAAAGGACAAGAUUUGAAGGACAAUUGAACUAACAAUGACGCAUAUAAAGGUCGUUAGUUAGUAGAAGUACUCUAUGCAAAGUGGGAUUGGGACGGGGAAUUUUAUAUAUAUACACAUAUAUAUAAGUUUGUAACUGAAGCAGCAUUGUGGCUUGUGGGUUAGGACUUGGGCGGUGGACUGUGGAGAAAGCGCAAAGCUUUCUAUAUCUCUGUGUGAGUGGGGGGUGAUUUGGUGUUUAGAAUGGAGGGGGGAGGAGGAUGGAAAAGGCCCAAGACAAAGAUAGUGUGCACGUUGGGACCGGCGUCCAGGUCUGUUGAAGUGAUAGAGAAGCUUUUGAGGGCUGGUAUGAACGUGGCGCGCUUCAACUUCUCCCAUGGCUCCCAUGCCUACCACCAGCAAACCCUUGACAAUCUCAGGACUGCCAUGGCCAACACCGAAACCCUUUGCGCCGUCAUGUUGGAUACGAAGGGUCCAGAGAUUCGUACUGGAUUUUUGAAGGAUGGGAAGCCUGUCCAACUCAAAAAGGGUCAAGAGAUCACCAUCUCCACUGACUAUAGCAUCAAGGGUGAUGACCACAUGAUCUGUAUGAGCUACCAAAAGCUGGCUGAGGAUUUGAGGCCACAGAGUGUAAUUCUAUGUGCUGAUGGCACUAUCACCCUCACAGUCUUGGCCUGUGACAAAGAAUUGGGGUUGGCUCGAUGUCGUUGUGAAAACUCUGCAGUUCUGGGUGAGAGGAAGAAUGUCAAUCUUCCUGGGGUUGUUGUGGACCUUCCCACCUUAACAGAGAAAGACAAAGAGGAUAUCUUAGAAUGGGGGGUACCCAAUAAGAUUGAUAUGAUUGCUCUGUCUUUUGUUCGCAAAGGGUCAGACCUUGUGGAGGUCCGAAUGCUGCUGGCGGAACAUGCUAAGUCUAUCCUUCUCAUGUCAAAGGUUGAAAAUCAAGAGGGUGUUGCUAAUUUUGAUGAAAUUCUUGCAAACUCAGAUGCAUUUAUGGUGGCCAGGGGUGACCUUGGAAUGGAAAUCCCCAUUGAGAAGAUAUUUCUUGCACAGAAAGUGAUGAUAUAUAAGUGUAACAUUCAGGGAAAACCUGUAGUCACUGCAACCCAGAUGUUGGAGUCCAUGAUCAAAUCUCCCCGGCCUACACGUGCUGAAGCCACUGAUGUUGCCAAUGCAGUUCUUGAUGGCACCGACUGUGUGAUGCUGAGUGGGGAAACUGCUGCUGGGGCAUACCCUGAACUUGCUGUUCAAACCAUGGCCAGGAUUUGCUUGGAGGCAGAGAAUUCACUUAAUUAUGGAGAUGUCUUCAAGACAAUCAUGGAAACUGCACCAAUGCCCAUGAGCCCCAUAGAGAGUUUGGCCUCCUCAGCAGUACGGGCAGCCAAUGGGUCUAAAGCAGCUUUGAUUUUGGUCCUGACCAGAGGUGGAACAACUGCUAAUCUGGUGGCUAAGUACCGGCCCAGCAUGCCAAUUUUGUCUGUGGUAGUCCCGGAGAUCACAGCAGAUUCCUUUGAUUGGUCUUGCAGUGAUGAAUCCCCGGCCAGACACGGCCUGAUUUUCAGGGGACUGGUACCUGUUCUAUGCUCAGGAUCUGCAAAAGCUUCUGACAGUGAGUCAACAGAAGAGGCUUUGGAGUUUUCACUUCAAUAUGCAAAGACCAAGGAAAUGUGCAAGCCUGGAGACUCAGUUGUGGCAUUGCACCGAGUUGGAACUGCUUCUGUGAUCAAGAUACUAACUGUCAAAUGAAAUGAUGAUACAUUUAUGGAGAUUUUGUCAUGUGGGGUUGGUCCAGAUUUUGCAGUGGCUUGUUUUUUGGUUUACUCUGAGACCAGAUAGUUAUAGAAUGAAGUAAUCAUUCAAGGGGUUUUUUUUUUUUUUUUUUUUUUGAGGAUUUCUACAUAUCAUAGAAAUCUAGGCUUUGAUACUUUUGGGAAGAUUUUGUGAAUGGGUUUUGAUUUGAGGAGUUCUAAUGAUACAUUGAACUGAAUCAAGAAAGAUGUUAUUAAUUGAUAUAGGAUUAAGUUAACCAAUAAGUGCAAACCCAAUCAGAAAAUGCUUUCUUGGUUUGGCAUGGAAUCACUUUUUAUAUUCUAGAGAGGUAAAAUAUGGAAGCAAUUAUUUUUAUGUGACUGAUUUUGUGAUAAAAAUAAAAAUAUUUUUAUUGGAAAUGGAUUAUAUAUUGCAGGUGCUUAUUUAAAUAUCUUUAGAAUUUAUAUUUUUGUCUAGCUCUUGAAGGAAAAAUAUAUAUAUAUAUAUCUGAUAUACCAGAUUAUGAUAUUUUAUUUAUGUGAAGGAAAAUAGGGCGGAAAUGAGAAGGGGUGUUUUGGGAAAUGAGAGGGCUAUAAAAUGAGGGGAGGGAGCCCUAGGGAAGGCCACACUACUUGAUCUUAUCAGAGCGGAGGGUUGAUGGGCUGUAAGCGAGCGAGUCACCCACCCCUUCUAAAGGGGGCUGCCGGCGGCUCACUCUCCCUCCUUGCGUCCUUUUCCCUCUGCGAUGAAGACUGCCCGCCGCCUGAGCAUCAUUGACGGUGAUGGCUGCGCGGGCUCAACCCAACCCACACUACCAUUUCACUCUUUUAAUCUUUCUUCUUUUCUUUCUUUUUCCGAUCUUCCCAAUCUAAUUCUUCUUUCUUUGUUUCUGUUGUUUUCCGAUCUCUUCAAAUCUAACCCGAUUUCUGAACCGAUAAUUUUUUUCUUCUGCAAGUUCUUGUAUUGGGCGGAGACUAACGAUUGCCCUGUUUUAUCAAUUUUCUGAAUUUUCUUUUAGUGCUCAAGAGUUGCGUUUUUUUUUUUUCAAGAUUUUGUCUACAGUCUGGGAUCCUCUAAAUUUGUUCUUUGUUGUACCUGGCAGGAAAUGAACGACAUGUUGAGAAAAUGUUGGAUCGGAUCGGAGGAUGUCGUCAGAGAGAGCCCUGUCCAAUGUGAUUGGAAAAUGUGUACAGCCAAAAUUUUACAUGUAAAAUUAUAGUUUGAACUUUGAAGGUCCAUUGGGUGUUAUGAUAUGUUUGUUUAUUCCUGGAA